AUGUCGUUCUCCACGAGCUUUCCCGCCCUCGAUACGCUGUAUCGCCCGCCCUUAGCGGCCGGGCAAGCCGGGAUCAGCAACGGCCUGGGAGGCACCGCGGAACUGCACCAUGACAACAAGCCUGCAGAUUUUGCUUGGAACAAAGCAACCCUCGCCCGCGGCUCUGUUGCUCUGACUGCAGAUACUGUUCUUGAGGCAGGCGCGCGUCUCAUAGCAGCUUUCACCGGCGAGGAUGACGUAGUCUUCCACUACUCUUUGCCUCCCGCCGUCUCCAGCUCCGUCGAGCAAGCGCCGGAGAGAUUCGGUAUUGCCACGGCUGUCGUUGAAUACGACGCUGCUGAGCGCGCCAGAUCAUGCACCAUCACCACAUACCCAGGUCCCCAGCAUUCCUACGGUGAUGCUCAGACCGACUUCGCCGUCGAUGUCCUUGAAAAUGGACAGACGGCAACUUUCUCCACCAAGCCAUUCGUUUUGCGAGUGGAGCUCGGAUCCAAAAUCCAGCUUAGCAUUCAUUACUAUAGACAACUGAUGUCUCCUACCAUUGGCCAAUCGAUGCUCAACUUUGUCAUUGACUACUUGACAUCGAGCUCUUACACUGCACCACCAAAAGACAAGCAGGCAGCUAUCUGGUCAAAACUCAACUACCCUUGUCUUUCCCAGCCGCCGCGCCUCCUUGAAGAUCAAAAUCACGGUCAUUAUGACAUCGGGCCGGCUUUGCUCCACUCCGCCUUCAGACGGCGGGCGAAGGACCAUCCCAACCGCCCAGCCUUGGACUUCCUGGUAUCCAUUUCCCCCGUGUCGCCCGCAGUUCACGAUAUCUAUACCUAUUCCGAGCUGGACAGGCUCACGGAUGCGCUGGCUGCGUGCAUAAGGUCCAAAAUUCCCGCGAGCGAUAAGCAAUCGGUUAUCCCAGCCAUCAUCUCCUCAUCGGCUGAACUGUACGUUUGUUGGCUUGCUACUAUCAAAUCUGGCUGCGCCUUCUGUCCUGUCUCUCCAGAAGCACCAGCGGAUCAACUCCUUUACGUCUUCCAGGAUGUUGAGGCAUCGCUCCUUCUAGGUCGCGGUCCUAAGGAAGGAGCCUUAUCGGGAGCCCUCGACGAUGCCUUUACUUGGGUCGAUGCGACCGCUUUCAUUGACGAAUGGCGCUCCACUGGCAGGAAGUCGGCCGAUGCCACGAUUCUCCCUCCCAUCGAUGAGAAUGACCUUGCCUAUGUUAUGUACACCAGCGGAUCUACUGGAAGACCAAAGGGAGUCAAGAUCACUCAUCACGCUGCAGCGUGCUCAGUUGCUUCCCAUUCCCUCUACCUCUCUUCUCGGUCGACUUCCAUCCCUGCCCGUUGGUUCCAGUUCGCAGCACCCACCUUCGACCCCUCUGUCAUGGAAAUCUUUGUCACAUUUUCCACUGGCAGCACACUGUGCUCCGCUGAGCGCCAAACAAGCUUGACAGAUCCCGAAACGACCAUCACAGAGCUGCGUGCCACCGUUAUGAUGGCAACGCCAAGUAUGGCAGCUAUCCUGAACCCGCACAAAGUGCCUACGUUGAAGGACCUCUGGGUCAUGGGCGAAGCCGUCAACCGCAGGGUUAUCGACAACUUCUCUACCGACUCUCCGACCCGCAUUGAACGUCAUGGCAACAGCACUGCCAUCUCACCCGAAGGCUUGCUCAACGCCUACGGUCCGACUGAAGGCUCUAUCAACUGCACUGUGGUAUCAAAUUUCUCGGUCCACGACAGAGGAUCCAUCAUUGGAAAGCCGCUCCCCACCUGCGCCAUGUUCGUCAUCGAUGCUGCAGAGAAAGAUGCUGUCGUCAUGCCUCUAGGCUUCCCCGGUGAGCUGGUAAUCGGCGGCCCGCAAGUGUCUGCAGGAUACUUGAACCGGCCUGAAGAGACUGCGAAGGCUUUCCUCGAGAGCGAAGAGUAUGGCAGACUUUACCGGACUGGUGAUCGUGCCAGAGUUGUGCAAGAUAGGGAUGGCAGUCUCACCAUCGAAUACCUCGGUCGUCUUACCACCGACCAGGUGAAGCUGAGCGGAAGGCGUGUCGAGCUCGGCGAUAUUGAGGCGGUUGUCGAGAAAGUGGAUGGCGUGAGGGAGGCUGUGGUCGUGGCACACAAGCCAUUCGGUGGCGGACACGGUAGUGAGCAGGUGGUCGCUUGUAUCCUACCACACGCUGACGCUGUCCAAGAGCUUCUGGUCAAGUCUUGCCAAGCCGCAGCUGACAAGUGGCUCCAACCCCAUAUGCGGCCGUCCAAGUACUUUUUCUUCGGAGACAUCCCUCGCUCUCGUUCCGGAAAGAUCGAUCGCCGCUCCAUGGGAAAGCUGGUUGAAGAGCGUUGGUCGACCGUUGCGGCACCCGCAACGACUGACAGGCCUAUGAGCGAAGACAUCGUUCUGGAUGAAGCCGUAAAACAGCUUGUCUUCACUGGGGUUGCAGAUGUUACGGAUAUCUCAGCCGAUGACAUCUCUUCCUCUGCAGAACUGCUCUCGUACGGAUUUGAUAGUCUACGAGCAAUGCGGUUCCUACAGAGAGCCCGCGAGCUGGGUUUACAGAGAUUGACCGUCGGCGAUGUUGUCACCUGCCGCACUUUCAAAGACUUGGUUGUGAAGCACAUGAAGACACCCGAGCUGGGGCAAGAAGUCAGCAGUUCUGAUAUUUCUCCUGAUGCCUGGAAUACUGCUGCAGCGGCCUUUCAGCAUAAGCACGAAGAGGAAUGCGCAAGGUCCCUCGAUGUGCCGACCGAAGUUUUCGAGAAAAUUCUACCCACUACGUCAACUCAAUCAGGUAUGCUCGCAAGCUUUUUGCGUAGUCUGAUCGACCCCGCGGAACAGGGUGUCAAACACUACAUCAACCACUCGGUGUACGAAGUGCCAAGCGGCCAUGACCUCAGUGCUGUCCGAGAUGCUUGGCUAGAGGCUCUGCACAACGGAGAUGCAUUCAGGAUGGCCUUCGUCUCUGUGGAUGACGACCUAGCGCCCUUCGCUCAAUGUGUCUUCAAGGCAUCGUGCCCUCGGGGCCAGGUCCAAGCUACGUCGUACCGCUGUGAAUCAGACGAUGAGUUUUCCAACCUUGUAUCCAGGGCGCUGGAAGAGGCUGAGUCUUCUAUCGUUUUGGAUCGGCCACCUCUGAGCCUCGCUAUUGUGCAGUCACCCAACCGCGCUGGGGUUAUACUUAGCCUGUUCCAUGCCAUAUUCGAUGGCGGCUCCCUACAGCUGCUGGUGCAGGAUGUGGAGGACCGAUUCUUUGGCCUUGAUCGCCAUUUCCGCGCGGACCGCGAAGGUGCGAAGAAGUAUUGGCUGAAAAAGUUGGAGGACUGUGCACCGACUACAUUCCCUGCUCUUUCCCGCCUGCAGCCGCGGUAUCUAUCCAAAGGUCCUCGUGUUUCCUCCGUGCUGUCAGAGAUCACUUUGAACGAUCUGCAGAGUGCUUCGAAGGCAUCUCAAAUAUCAUCCCUUGCGGUCCUCCAGGCAGCCUGGUCCAUUGUCCUGUUUGGCUACACUGGGGCCAAGGCCGAUGUUGUCUUCGGUAGCGUUGUUUCGGACAGGUACAGUCAGGAGACGGCAGACUGUCUUGGUCCAACCUUCGUUACUGUUCCCAUUCGCGUGUCUGCGCACUCUGACGUGCCCGUGAAGGAUGUCACCAAGCGUCUCACCCUUCAAAACACCGAGGCUAUUCAACACCUUCAUACUCCGCUCAGUUCCCUAGUCACCUCGGAGGGCCGUCUGCAUUACGAUACGUUGCUUGCCUUUCAGAGCUUCCCCGGUGGUGCUGCUGGGAGCGAUUUGUGGAAGUCCAUCGAAUACCCGCCCAUGGGGAAUGACUUUGCCGUCAUGCUUGAGAUCUGGCCCACCGAGAAUGGACAGCUUUUGCUCAAGGCAACUUAUGAGCACAAGUGCCUCGACGACGUCGCAGCGCACACCAUGCUGAUGCAACUCGAAGGCGCCAUUACUUUCAUCCUGGAGAAUCCCAAUGAAUCGUUCCUGCAUGGUCGCUUCGCUAGCGGGGCAGAGCUUCUUUCCGCGUUUCCUGAAACCGCAAAGGCAGACACUACCGGUGAGGUUAUGCUGCUGCAUGGCCCGUUCGAGAAGCUUGCCGCUGAGACUCCGGAUAAGCUGGCGCUUGACUUCUUCUACGGCCUUGACUCUGACGCAAAGCGAGUUAAGUGGACAUUUUCUGAGCUCAACGAGAAGGCCGACGCUCUAGCUCGCCACCUCGUCGCUAAGUUGGGCUCCCUUGCAGAUCGCGUUGUUCCAAUCUGUAUGGAGAAAUGUCCGGAGCUGUACGUGGCUAUCUUGGGUAUCCUGAAGGCUGGCGCAGCGUGGUGCCCCAUCCACCCUGAUUUCCCUCCAAAGCGCCAGCAUGACCUCAUCGCCCGUGCUGACGCUUCUCUUGUCAUCUUGGCUCAUUCAACGGCUACCAUCGAUGCUUCCGCUAUUCCGGAGGACGUCGAAAUUCUGAACAUUGCUGUUCCUCUGCCGGACAGCGAAAUGAAUGUCGCAGCUGUUCUCCCUGCCCCCGAGCCCCAGAAUCUGGCAUACUUGAUCUUCACGAGUGGUACAACCGGUCCUCCCAAGGGUGUUCCUAUCGGCCACAAGGCUGCUGCUUCGGCGAUGCGCGCCCUUUGUGAGGUCAUUCCAUCCGACACCAGGACUGGAACCGUUCGUGGCCUGCAAUUCUCCCAGUACACAUUCGAUGUGUUCGUUGAGGACUUAUUCGAGAUCUGGAGGAUGGGCGGCACAGUGGUAUCAGCACCAAAGGAGCUUAUGCUUGGCUCCUUCGUCCAACUUGCCAACUACUCCAAGGCUACUCAUGCGCACCUUACUCCGGCCUUCGCCAGCGCCGUCGCCCGUGAUAACCUCGAAACCAUGGAGGUGAUUACCAUGAUUGGCGAGAAGCUCAAUCAGCCUGUCGCAGAUGACUGGGGUAACAACAUGCGCGCCUACAAUACCUACGGUCCUGCCGAGGCGGCUGUUGUCUCUACUGUUGAGCAGUUCGGUCCUGGCGGCCACAGCCAAGUCAAGAGCUCCAACGUCGGCGUUCCACUUGCAUCUGUCGGCGCCUACGUUAUUCAAGAUGGCCGCGCCGUCAUGCGUAAUGCCAUUGGUGAGCUGGCGUUGUCCGGCGACCAGCUGUCCUACGGGUACUGGAAGGAUUCUGACAAGUCGAACGAGAAGUUCAUCUGGUGCGAGAGCCUUCAGCGCACCGUCUACCUCACCGGCGAUCUAGUCAGGCAGCUUGGCGACGGUUCCAUCGAUUUCGUGGGCAGGGAUGAUGACCUGGUAAAGAUUGCGGGUCAGCGUGUGGAGCUGAGCGAGAUUGCAUACUUCCUCCGCGCCAGCCACCCUGCUGUGCAGCAAACCGAGAUUCUGUACCUGGAAUCACAGAAGAGGUCUGGUAGAGUUGUUGUUGCCUUCUUGGCCGUUCCAGGCUUCGGCGGCGGCGAGGGUGAAGACGCCGCUAUCGUCAAGGUAGCGGAGGACAGCGCGGGCAGGCUCCUGCCCGCCCACAUGAUUCCAGACUUCUUUAUCGUUCUGCCAACUAUCCCGCGUACGCCUUCGGCAAAGGUAGAUCGCCACGCCCUUAAGCGCAUUUUCUACGAUCAUGAGAACACCCGCGUCAAGGAGGUUGUGGAGGAUGUUUCGGCUGUUGAGUGGCGGGAGGCCAACCCCGUCCUGGUCGAUGCGCUGGCCCAAGUCACCGGUGCUCCCAAGGAAUCCAUCAAGCCGAGCAGCACCCUGGCCGCUUUAGGGAUUGACUCCAUUGGAGCUAUCCGACUUGCCGCAAAGAUGAACGCUGCACAGGGCUCUCUUUCUGUCCUGGAUGUCCUGCGCUGCAAGACUAUUUCCGACAUUGGCUCCUUCACAGGCCAGAAGGAGGCCCGCCUGGGCUUGGCUCAGAAUAUGAAAGACUUUGACAAUACUUGGGCUGCUCCCGUUGCAGCUUAUUUAGGACACGGGGGUUUCAAGGUCGCCCCUGCGAGCGUGCUUCAAGAAAGCUUGCUUGGCGAGUCCAUGCAGAACCCACAGUCGUAUUGGAGCAACCACUUCUUCAAUCUUGAUGGCAGCAUCGAUCUACAGCGUCUGAGAGACGCAUGGCUACAGAUUGCUCAGGAGACUGAGUCUUUGCGAGCAGGCUUCGUUCCCAAAGCCGCUCUACCAAAGCCUGGUUCCGCACCCAAUGUGGACUCCAUAUUCCUGCAAGUCGUCUACGAAGAAGCGCGUGUCAGCUGGGUUGUUCAACCCGUCGAAAAAGGCAAUUUGAUGGAAACUGCUAGAGAUGUCUCUGUGCAGACCGCCCGGCGCCACCAGGAUUCGGUCUUCAGACACCCUCCGUGGGCUGUGAACAUUCUGGAGCAUGGAGAGGCACGGACUAUGGUCGUGAGCAUUCACCAUUCCCUCCAUGAUGGCCCUUCUCUGGACUUCAUUAUUGCCGAGCUUGGCGCCAAAUACAACGCCCAUGCCACAAAGCCUCGCUGCCAACUUCUCGAGGCUCUCGCCAUUGCAAGCACGGAUGCCGAUCUGCAAGCUACGGAGGCUUUUUGGGAGAAGGAACUCCAGGGAAUUUCCAGUGACAUAUCCGAGGGACCAGGAGCCAAGAUAAGCAAAGAUGCCAGUCCUGCUGGAAUGCGCACGACCGACCAUGUAUCCUCACUCUCAAAGAAGGAGCUGCAGGAUGCAACCCGCCGUCUUGGCGCAAGCUCCAUCGCAGCUGUGAUCCGUGCUGCUUGGGGUUUCAGCUUGGCUGAGUUCUGUGAGUCUCCAGACAUGGUAUUCGCGGAAGUCCUCUCGGACCGCGUCAUGGAUGCCAGACUGGAGACGGCCAUUGCUCCGCUCAUUUCCGUCGUCCCCGUUCCUUUCCGUGCUAGAGGCACUGGAAAAGAGCUUAUAUCCGAACAGAACAGGAUUUCGCGCGACACUUGGGACCAUCGUCACGUCAGGCCCGGAACUGUGAGAAGAAUCCUUCAGCGUCCCGUUGAUCAGCCUCUGUACCCAGCCGUUUUUGUUUUCCACCCUGACGGCGAUGCUUUUAAUGCCCAUACCCAGUACUCCUGGACCAAAGCUGAGGAUCUCGUGCUCAACGUUGAGCAUGCCAUGGCCUUCAACGUGUGGCAGGUCGAUGAGAACAUUACCCUUUCCUUCUCUGCGGCAAACGAUGUUAUGAGCGAGCAGCAUCAGACCCUUUUCGUCCGCCAGGUGGAUGCAUUGCUGUCGGCAAUGAUCAGUCACCCAGAUGUUGAGGUAGCAGAUCUCACGAACUUUUUCCCAGAUGACUUGAAGUCUGUCACGAAGCCUCGCCCCGACACGCUCUGCCCAGCGAAGGUUGAUCCUACUUGGUGGGUUGAUCACUUCGCAAAGGAGCAUCCUGACUGGAAGGCCGUUGAGAUUGCAACGCAGAUCUGGCCAGAGGCUGAGUCUGUCUCGUGGACUUACAAGGAACUAGACACAUACGCCAACCGUGUCGCUGCUUAUAUCAACAAAUACGGCAGCGGGGGUGGAAGUGUGGCCCUCUGCAUGCCCCGUACACUUGAGGCCUUCGGUAUCAUUUAUGGUAUCUUCAAGUCUGGCCAGACCUACCUGCCUCUGGAAGAGAGCUUGCCCCUCGACCGUAAGAUGUUCCUUUGCCAGGACAGCAACGCUUCCCUGCUAUUCACCACUGCGGAUCUUUUCGAGGUUUCCCCAGAGUUUGACGACCAAACCUGCAAGGUCGUGGACGUCGAAACGGCCGGCUUCCAAGAUGAGCUCACUACCUUCGAUAGCAAGCCUGUGCCCAUCACCUACGAUCCCGGCGCCAAUGCUUACGUUCUGUAUACUUCUGGAUCCACAGGCAAGCCUAAGGGGGUUCUGGUAAGCAGACAGAACCUGGCCUCGUUCAUGGACGCUCAGUCCGAGUUCAUCUGCGACGUUGUUCCGGCGACCAAGACCUUGGGCGGCACUGGAAAGUAUCUCAACCUCGCCAGCAGAGCUUUUGAUGUCCAUAUCGGAGAGAUGUUCCUCUCUUGGAGACAUGGUCUGACUGCCAUCACUGCCCGCCGCACUCUCCUUCUCGAUGACCUAGCAGCUGCGCUCAGGAACCUGAGAAUCACUCACGCCAGUUUCGUGCCGUCGCUGCUUGAUCAGACUGGCCUGACUCCGGACGACGCUCCUGAACUCGUGUUCCUUGGUGUUGGCGGAGAGAAGAUGACCGAAAAGACGCGAAAACUUUGGGGUGGCCACGACCGCGUCGGCCUCAUCAACGCCUACGGCCCAACCGAAGUCACCGUUGGCUGCUGUUCUGGCCGUCUCUGGCCCAAUUCCGACCCGAAAAACAUUGGAAGCCCGCUAGGAGAUUCCGUUGGCCACCUCUUCCGUCCCGGUACCAACACAUAUGUCAGGCGUAUGAUGCCUGGUGAACUUUGUUUCACUGGUAGUCUGGUUGCGAACGGCUACCUCAACCGCCCUGAUGCUGCAGGCUUUGUGGAAAACUUCAACGGCGAGCGUAUGUACAGGACGGGUGACAUUGUUCGCUUGAUGCCGGACAACAGCAUAGAAUUCCUGGGUCGGAAGGACGACCAAGUCAAGAUCAGAGGUCAGCGAGUUGAGCUGGGCGAGAUCUCCGAGGGCGUCAGGGUUUCUUCGUCUGAGCCGGUCAACGUCGCCACACUUCUUUUGAAGCACGAGGAGCUCUCUCGUCCUCAAUUGAUCGCUUUCGUCGCCAGCGAGAAGGACAUCAAGGUUGCAAAAGAGAAAAAGGAAGAAUGCAGGUUCCUCGACGAGCGAUUCGAAGCCAUGAAUGCAAGCGUCCGUCCGAACUGCCAGAAGAUCCUCCCAGCGCACAUGGUUCCCGACCUCUUCAUUCCCGUCAACGUCAUCCCGCUGACUGCAACCUCGGCCAAGGCGGAUACCAAGCUUCUCAAUACUCUGUUUUCAUCCAUCCCCGUUGCUAGGCUCAUGGCCGGUAGCCAUAAGCCUGUCGGUGCACCCGCCGUCAGUAACAGACCAUGCACGGCAGAAGAGGAAACUAUUGCAAGUAUCCUCAAGGCUCUCAUCGCUGAUGAGUCGCGUGAGAUACGACCGGACACAUCCAUCUUCGAGCUUGGGAUUGACAGUCUCAGUGCCAUCAGCCUUUUCAUGAAGCUGAAGGAGGUCGGAUAUGAAUGCAGUGUGGCUAACGUCCUGACCCACCCCACGAUCGAGCAGCUGGCGACAUUGCCCCACAAGGACAAGCAGCAGACAGGCGGCAUUUCUCUUGAACAGAUCCGACAACAACUCGCACAAAUUGAGACCGACUACCGCGAAGACCCGGCGCCACCUAUUCCUUCCAACCUCGUGCAAGCAGUUCGGCCUUGUCUUCCGCUCCAAGAGAUCAUGGUCGCUCGAUCUGCUGACUCCGGUGACGACAGCAAUUCAUUCUAUGUCAAUCACAUCAUGCUCCAGAUUGCCGGCGGCGUCGACAUUGAAAAGUUCUGCCGCGCGUGGGAGGCGACCGUGGCUGAGAACGAAGUCCUACGUACAUGCUUCUGGUUCUCGGGUGAUCACUUCCGCCAGAUUGUGCUUCACCCAGAUGCUGGUAAAAUCGCGUGGGGUUUCGCGAGGGCAGAGGAUGACACCCCAUCCCAGACCGUUCUGUCGCAGCUCUACCCUCGAAUCCGUCAGGAUAUCGUCCAAAACCUGUCUACCAAGCCGCCAGUUCGCUUCACAUUCGGCGUCUCAAGAGGCGGUCAACGUACUGCUCUCCUGAUAUCCAUCCACCAUGCGCUCUACGAUGGUGAAUCGCUGGGUAUGCUCUUUGAAGAGGUUCACAAACGAUACCACGACUCCGCUCCGGACCCCAGAGAGAGCCCCGGAUCCCUUGUCGAGUACAUCACCUCUCGAGACAAGGAGAGUGCGAAGAAGCACUGGUCCGGCUUGCUUGAGAACUGGCAACAGACACGCCUUGUCGCAUCGGAUAGUAUCGACCAUAACGCUCCGGUCACCAUCAAGUACCGUACUUUUAGUGCCAGUCUGACCUCCAUUGAAGCCGUUGCUUCUCGGCAGAAACUUACCGUUGCUGCUGUCUUGCAAGCCGCAUUCGGCACAGCUCUGGCGCAGAUGUUGGGCACGAACGACAUCAUCUUUGGUGCCGUCCUUUCCGGCCGCGCCGUACCAGUCAAGGAUGUCAACCGGAUCCUGGCACCUUGCAUUACCACCAUUCCGCAACGCGUCAAUCUGUCUAAGCUUGGCACUACCCUACAGGAUGUAUUCGCCACCUUCCAGAAGCUCAGUUAUGAGAGCCUGGAGUAUCAGCACAGCUCUGCCCGGGACAUUCAAGUUUGGGUCGGCGCUGACCGUCCCCUGUACGAUACUUUGUUCUCGUUCGCCCGUGCGCCAGAGCAAACGAUCGAUUACGAUUUGUGGGAGGAGAUUGAAAGCGACAUGCCAAUGGAUUCGUCGCUUGCAGUUGAGGUCGAAUCCGACUACGAGAGCGACAAGCUGAAUAUGGCCGUUGGCUGCACAGCCGCCUUCGGUGACGGCGUCAAGGCGGAGGAGAUGCUUGAGAGGAUCGAGAUGCUCGUCGACACCGUCCUCAACGGCGACGCACUUCCGCUUGCUGACCUGGGCAUCUCUGUGGAGUCGCCCUCUGUUGAUGCAACCAAUAAGAAGAUGACUACCUGGGAUGAGGCCACUUGGUCUGAGGAGGAGAAGAUCAUCAGACAACUCGUCGCAGACUUUGCCCAGGUUUCGUCGGAUAGCGUAAGCAAAAACACGUCGUUUUUGCACAUCGGUAUUGACUCGAUUACUGCUAUUCGCUUUGCCAGAAAGCUCCGUGAGCAUGGGUACAACCUUUCAUCGGCAGACGUCAUGCGCAACAGCUGCGUCGGCGCACUUUGUUUCCACUUCAAGCCAGAGACGGUUCAGGCUACUGCCAACAACAGAGGUGGAAGACAAGAUUCUGUGUUUGAGGCUCACCAGCCUGAGCUCGAGAUCCCGGCCUCGGUCAAAUUGAGAGAGGGCGAUAUUAUUGAGGCUGUCUACCGCUGCACUCCCCUGCAGGUCGGUAUGCUGACUCAGACAUUGGGUCUCGAUGGACGCCUCUACGUUCACCACCAUACGCUUCGCCUGUCUCCCGAUGUAGAUCUCGCCAAGUUCAAGGAGGCAUGGGAGAAGAGCGUUCGCCAAAUCGACGUUCUCAGAACUUCAUUCCAUCGCUCGGGUACCGAGUGGGUAGCCGUCGUCCAUGAGAACUUUGUUCCCCGGUGGAGAGAGGUGUCGACGUCCGACAUGGAUGCGGCGCUGCAGAAUCUCCAGCACACAACGGCCUUCCAUGAGGAAAGUCAAUUCAACGAGCCCCCAGUCAAGGUAACCGUUUUCUCGGAUGGCAGCUCCGUUGUCUUCUCAGCAUCAAUGCACCAUGCGUUGUAUGACGGCAUGUCCGUACCCAUUCUCUUCCAGCAACUCACCGACAAUUACUUCGGCAAAGAUGUCAAUCCCUCUGCUCCAUUCCACCAAGCGGCAAAGAUUAUGACUGCCAACCAGAAAGCGGCCAUAGAUUUCUGGAGCAACAAGCUCGGGGGAUACAGGAGCAUCAGCAUACCGCUCACCGAGGAAGAGACCAGAUCCAAGCGAAUGACGCUGGCUAGCAUCGAUAUUACGGACAUCUCUAGACCCCGGGAGAAAAGCUUCAGUGUCCAGAAUAUCACUCUCCUGGCCUUCGCCAAAGCUCUUAGUAGCCUUGUCCAGCGUCGCGAUGUCGCCUUCGGCAUGGUACUGGCUGGCAGAAGCCUGGAGCUGGAGAACGCCGACACUAUCAUCGGGCCCACCUUCAACACCGUGCCGUACCGCAUUCGCCUGGCUAAUCCUCUCUCUUCAAACGAGAUCCUUCUACAACAGCUGCAGCAGCUGACUAUCGACGGCAUCGAGUUCCAGCAUGCUUCCUUCGCUGACGUUCAGAAUCGCUGGCGCCAGGCUUCCAACACCACCGAUGCAACGCUUACAGACAGUCUGUUUGUAUUUCAGAAGGUGAACUCGAGUACCGUUGAGAACUCGCAGAGCAUCUGGCAGCCCUACGAGACGGAGGAAGUGUCCGUGCCUUCUGAGUACAAGAUGAACUUUGAAGUCGAGCACGGCGACCAGAGUUUGGUCGCCCGCGCUUAUUCGCGUCUCGGGAAAGAUCGCCUCGACGCCUUCCUGUCCACCUUCCGAGAUGCUGUACAGGAUAUUGUCGAGCACCCUAGCCGCUACGUCACUGCGUGCCCACCUGGACUGCGCAGCCUGCCACUCGAAUCCGCGGCUGAAGAAGAGGAAGCUAUCACUUGGGACGAUCCGGCGGUCCAGCGCUAUGCUGAAACCGUGCGCUGUGCCAUGUCCCGUGUCGUCAAUGUUCCCAUUGAGAGCAUCGAGCUGUCUACAAACAUCUUCUCCAUCGGUCUGGACUCGAUUGCUGCCAUUCAAGUAGCCUCGCAGUGCCGCAAGGCAGGAUUCCGUAUCGGUGUGGCCGACAUCAUCGCAGGCGUUACUCUGGGUCGUAUUUGCAGAGCUAUCGCCUCCAUCAACAGUGCUCAAGAGUAUACUGCCCCUGCCGAGAAGGUUGCACCCGUCCUUGUGCCUGAAGAGGAAUCCACCGUGCUCGCCAAGUUAAACGUCACCAAAGACGAAGUCGAGGCUAUCAUGCCCGCUCUGGCCGGCCAAGACUACCACAUCGCCAGCUGGUUGGCUUCCGGACGCACGCUGUACGAGCCGACCUGGACUUUCAGGGCUACAAAACGCCUCGAUACCGACAAGCUUGGCCAGGCGUGGCACGCUCUUCAAGAAAGGCAUUCCAUAAUGCGCACAGCCUUCGUCACCGCCAGACCUGACCAGACCAUGCAAGUCGUGCUCAAGCCCUCGAAGAUUGUCUCCAGUACCUUCACGAUCGAAGAGGCCACCGGUGAACUUGAAGAAAUUGUCAAGACCGCCGUAAAGCGCAUCUCCCACACGCCAUCUGACCUCUUCACACCUCCGGUCCGCCUACACCUUGUUCGCAGUAGCAGUGAGACGGGAGAUGACGCAGACGCUCUCCUGAUUACCAUGCACCACACCACUUACGAUGCGUGGACCAUGUCUCGCUUGAUAGCCGAUCUACUCCACACAUACUCAGGCAAGACGCCGGACUCGUCUCCGCCGCAGUUCGCAGACCUGGUCGCCUUCACGCAGCGCUCACUCGCCGCUCUCGACCAACGCGCCUUUUGGCGCCAGCACCUCGACGGUUGCUCGCCCACAAUCAUUCCGCCAGUCACCGGCGACGGCACCGACGAUCCAAAAGACCGCUCUCAAACCUUCGUCAUGGCAUCGAGCACCGCGCUCUCGCUCCGCGCCGCCGAAGAAGCGGCCAAGACGGCCGGCAGGCAGCUGCACACGCUCGUGCUCCUCGCCUUCGCGCGCGCCCUGGCAACGGCCACGGCGUCGGCCUCGCCCACCUUCGGCUUCUUCCAGCUCGGCCGCGCCGCCUCGUUCGACGGCAUCGAGGCCGUCAGCGGGCCGACGGUCAACCUGCUGCCCCUGGGCGUGCGCGCCGUCCGCGAGCGCGACGCGCGCGAGCUCGUCGACGAGCUGCUCGCGAAGCUGGCGGAGCGGAUGCCGUUCGAGCAGAGCAGGUUGAGGGACGUGGCGGCGUGGGUGGGUGGCGACGACACGCAGGCCCAGAUGCCUUUCAACGCCAGCUUGAACCUGCUGUGGCACGACGAUGUCGUCGGGAGAGAGUUUGGCGGCGAGGAGAGGCUGCUGGAGCCGUUGCUGGUCGGUGUGCCGACGGAUUUUUCGGCGAACGCGGUGAUUGAGGGGGAGACGGCUGUGGAUGGGUUGGAUUACGGUUGGGUGCGGGAAGGGCAGCUGUUUGUGGAUGUGGGCCCUGAUAGGGAGUGCGAUGGGAUCAAGUUCGGUGUCAGGUGCGAUGGGAGGCUGAUGGGAGAAGAGGGCGUGAGGACGUUCGUGGCGGUAUUUGAGAGGGAGAUUGGGGAGGUGGUAAGGGCGUUCGGUGCGUCGGAGGCACAGGAUUGA